AUGGUCAAAGUUGUAUGCGUGCUGUACAAGGGCGGUCCUGCCGCUCAAGAAGAGCCGCGCCUGCUGGGUACGACUGAGAACAAGCUUGGCAUGGAAAAGUAUAUGAAGGACAAUGGGCACACCUUUAUCGUGAGUGUAUGCAUAUGCAUAUGUUUGUGAUCUCGAUGAUCGGAAGCUGAAGCAAGUGUCUUGCUCCCUCGAUGUACUGCUAGGUCACGGAUGACAAGGAGGGACCCAACAGUAUGCUCCACAAGGAGAUUGUGGAUGCUGAUGUUGUCAUCACCACUCCUUUUCAUCCUGGCUACAUCAACGCUGAGCUGAUUGACAAGGCACCCAAGCUCAAACUCGCCAUCACCGCCGGCGUGGGUUCGGAUCAUGUGGACCUGAACAAGGCAAACGAGCGCAAGAUCACAGUUGCCGAAGUGACUGGUUCCAAUGUCGUUUCCGUGGCUGAGCACGUCAUCAUGUCCAUUCUUCUGCUUGUCCGCAACUACAACGUCGGUCACGCCCAAGUGUACAGGAACAAGGAGUGGUACGUUGCAGACAUUGCCAAGAAUGCCUUUGAUCUGGAAGGCUUGACAGUCGGUACGAUCGGAGCUGGGCGUAUCGGUUUCCGAGUGCUUCAACGUCUCAAACCCUUCAACUGCAAAGAGCUCCUUUACUUCGACUACCAGAACCUCCCAUCUGAUGCGGAGAAAGAGGUGGGAGCUAGACGCGUUCAAGACCUCGACGACUUUUUGAGCCAGUGCGAUGUGGUCACCAUCAAUGCUCCUCUGCACGAGGGCACAAAGGGUCUAAUGAACAAGGAGAAGCUCUCAAAGAUGCGCAAGGGCUCUUGGUUGGUCAACACUGCUCGCGGUGCCAUUUGCGUGGCAGACGACGUUGCAGAUGCCGUCAACAGCGGACAUUUGCGCGGAUAUGCCGGUGAGUUGUCUUUCUGCGUGGCGUGCGUCUUGUCUUCUUCUCUAGACCUCGUCGUGCUCACCUCAUCUUCUCUUCCCGUGCUGCCACAUUCCAGGCGACGUGUGGGACAAGCAACCGGCUCGUGAGGACCACCCUUGGCGCACUAUGCAAGGACCCGGCGGUCCAUCCGGCAGCUCCUACGGUAACGGAAUGGUGCCUCACUACAGCGGAACGACAAUCUCUGCGCAAAAGAGGUACGCCGAAGGCGCGUUGGAGAUUCUUGACAACUGGAUCAAGGGCAAGAUCCAAACUCCUGCCAACAUCAUCGUGGAGAAUGGAGAGUACGCUUCAAAGGCGUACGGUCAGGGACGUGGAAAGUGA